UUCCACAGAUUCAAAUGCCAGCCCUGUGUUUCCGAAAUAAGCAGAGAUUCAAAUGCCAAGACACGUAUUCUCUUCCGGUCAAAUGCACUCCCCGGAUUUGAUUCCCGACUUGCCCCACGAUCUCGCACUCGAAUGCCUCUCCCGCCUGCAUUUCUCCGUUUACCCGCUCGCUUCCCGUGUCUCCCCUCACUGGCGUCACCUCCUCCACAGCCAUUUCUUCUACCGCCACAGGAAGAAAUCCGGCCGCACUCGUAACCUCGCCUGUUUGAUUCAGGCUCUUCCUCCUCAGUAUUUAGCCCAGGAUCUCAAGCUGACCUCCUCGCCUCCUUAUGGCAUCACCGUCUUCGACCCGCUCAGCCUUACCUGGGAACGUCUCCCUCCUGUUCCCGAUUUCCCUCUCGGGCUGCCUCUCUUCUGUCAAACCGCCAGCUCCCGAGGGAAGCUGGUGCUCAUGGGAGGCUGGGACCCUGUGAGUUACCAGCCCCUGACCGACGUGUUCGUUUACGAUUUCAGGACGAGUCAGUGGAGGAGAGGGAAGGAGAUGCCGUCCAGGCGGUCAUUCUUCGCCAUCGGAUCCUGCGGCGAUCGGGUUUACGUGGCGGGAGGACACGACGAGAACAAGAAUGCGCUCAAAACGGCGUCGGUUUACGACGUGGUCGAGAACGAGUGGUCGGAGUUGCCGCCGAUGAGUCAAGAACGGGACGAGUGCGAAGGGAGGGUGGUCGGGGAGGAGUUCUGGGUGAUCAGCGGGUAUCCGACGGAGCAGCAAGGGAUGUUCGAAGGGUCGGCGGACGCGUACGAAUUCCGGUCGGGUCAGUGGAGGCGGGUGGAAGGGGUCUGGAAAGCGGGUCGGUGUCCGAGGUCGUGCGUAGGGGUGGGGAGGGACGGGACAUUGGUGAGUUGGGGCGAGCUAGAGUCGGAGCCCCGAGUUGGGGUAUGCGGGGUGAUGCUGGGUUCAACGACGAUGGUGAUUGGAUCGGAGUACCAAGGGGGCCAGCACGGGUUCUACUUGCAAGAAGGGCAGAAUUGUAAAUUGAGGAAUAUUAUUGUACCUGAUGAUUUUUCUGGUUUUGUUCAGUCAGGGUGCUGUGUUGAGAUCUAAGGAGUGUUUGGAUAAAAACCAAACCAUAGUUUCAGAAGUGUUUUUACGGUUUACGAAGUAAAUAAAUAGAGGAAUUUGUCUCGCUUUGCAUAAAAGUGUUUUUGAAACCAUGGUUUGAAGGUUGCCAAACACCCCUAUGAUUUUUUUUUUGGGUGAAGUAAUAUCGAUUUUUUUUUUUUGGCUUCGGCAGAGUUGUAUGCCUAGUCAAUAGUAU